ACUGCCCAAACAUGUGUUGCUAACACGCGCUUUUUUUUUUUUUUUGAUAAACAUAAACAAAGUUUUGCUUUAACAAAUAAAUGGGUGUUCGCGGCCUGACCAGCUACAUAGCGCAACGUGCCGAGCUCUACCUAAAGCCCCACGAGCUGCACAACACCGCACUGGUCAUCGAUGGCGACAACUUGGCCUGCAAUUUGUACAAGGAUGUGACCGGCUGCUACUCGGCCUUUGGCGGCGACUACGACGACUUCUAUCGCGCCGUCGUUGAGUUCUUUCAGGUGCUCGCGGAGUGCCAGAUACGCGGCUAUGUGCUGAUGGACGGCGGCUACGAGGAGCGCAAGCUGCGCACCGUCGGCAAACGGCUGCGCGGCAAGAUUGCGGUCAUCAAGAAGAUAAAUCCGUGCGAUUCGAUUACGCUCUUUCCGCUGCACCUCAAGGAGGUGUUCGUCGACGCCGUCCGGGACUGCGGCGUGCCCGUCAUGCGCUGCGUCUUCGAGGCGGACGACGAACUGGCCGCCCUUGCCCGCAAGCUCAACUGCCCCGUGCUCUCGUACGACUCGGACUUCUACAUACACAACGUCCAGUACAUACCCCUCAUCACGCUCACCGUCAAGGUGCUCACCAAGCAGCGCCGGAGGGCGGGCGAAACGCAGCGCCCGCUGCGCCGCCACGAGGCGAAGCACGUGGAGAAACGCACCAAGGCGCACAAAAUCCUAUCGGGCAUAACCAGCAAGGAGGUGACGGCACAGAAGCCCGUAAAUCCCGUCAAGAGCAGCUAUAAAUAUCUCGACUGCUGCAUCUAUCGUGUCGAGCAUUUGUGUGGGCGUGGCGCCCUCAGCCCCGAGAAGCUGCCGCUGUUUGCGGCUCUGCUGGGCAACGACUACAUAGCACGCUCAGCGUUUCGCAACUUCUUUGCCGCUGGCAUGGGCAAAGCGGGACGCAGUCGCAAAUUGAGAAAGCAGCAGCGACGCAUUCGCGUCAUUUUGCAGUGGCUGCGCGAACAGACGGCCGAGUCAGCGCUGGACAAAGUGCUCUCCCGACUGAAAAAGUUCCAGCGCGAUUCUUUGGUCUCUCAGGUGCAGGCAGCCAUUUCUGGUUAUUCGAAUGAGCUUUGCCACGCCUACGAAUUCUUUGAGAAGCACUACGAGAAUGCAUUUGUUCACGUGGAGGCAGCUAGCGAGGCUGAGGAGGAAGAGGAGGAGGAGGAACUAACUGAAGUUGAGCAGUUGGCUAAUCUCUCAGCAGAGAGCUCUUUCGAGGAGGAAGAGGAGCUGGAGCAACUAAGUGAAGAGGGAAGCUCAUCUGAAGCGGAGGAGGAGCAGGAGAAGGCAGUAGCUGAGCAGCCGGAUGCAGAGCAACCGCAGCAAAGCAGCAACGCAGAGGAUGAGGAGGAGGAGGAUACAGAGGAGGACCAGGAGGUGGAGGCAGAGUAUGCACCCGAUGUGGAGGACAAGACGCUGCUGUUUCCGCAAUGGUUUCUCGACAAGCUCUAUCCGGCUCAUCUGCCGCGCUACUUUGUGGAUCUGCUGCAUCUGCGCAAGUACAUCAACAAUCCGCAAAUCGAGCACUUUCCGCAUCACGACGCCAACGCUCUGGCCCUGCCCAUACUCAACUACAGCUUCGCCCUGCUGCACCAUGUGGCUGGCGCCGCAACGCCGCCCAAGCUGGAUGCCCAGGGCCAAACCCUGCCCAUCGAGUACACGUAUUUGACGCGUGCCCUGCGCGUCACAAAUGUGCGCUAUUAUCGCCAGCCCAUCGAACGGAUGCCCGCCUAUGAAUUUGUGCCCACGGCGCCGGAUGCACGGCAUUUGCGUGCCGUAUUCGAGGCGCAGGUGCCGCAUGCGAAUGUGCCGCGGCUUUUCGAGCAGCUGCAGCUGCUGCCGCCGGAUCUGCAGCUGUACGGGCUGGCCAUUGUCUACUGGCUGCACAGAUCGGAGCACUGUGAUCUGCUGCAUCUGCACGCGCUGCUGUUGUGCCUGGUCGUGCUGCGCACCGUGGACGUCACGAUACCCGCCGAGCGGGAUCGCCGGCAGUUUCAGCGUCGCUUUGGCAAGAUCUUGCGCCAGGAGCGUGCGGUGCGCGACAAGGAGGCGGCGGCGGGCAUCAGGCGCGGCGUUAAGCCCGCGCUGCUGCAGCUGCCCGUGCCGGAGCGCAUGUCGCAGGUGCCCAAGUCGGACUGCUAUCUGGUGCAGGAGCGCCUGUUGCCGCACUUUCACAUGCAGGAAAUCUUCAAGAAGAAGUACGAUCUGUACUCGACGAGCGUGCUGCACGCCUUUGCCGAGUUCCAGUCGGUUGUCUACCAGCUGAAUGGCCUCAAUGCGCUGCUCGAUCAGCCGUUCCGCAGUCCGCGCAUGAAUCAGCUCUACUGCGGCGCCUUCAUCUAUAAUCUGUAUGAUCUGCUGCGCAAUCGAUUGGAUGUGCGCUAUCAUGUGGAGCAUUUCCUGCUGGCCGAUUCGCGUCUCAUGUUCGACUUCUAUUGCUUUCUGUAUGAUUGGUGUGCGCCUUUUGUGCCGCCUUGGAAGCAGCAGUCGGCGUCGGAGCAGGCCGCCGCCAAGGUCGUCGAGAAGAAGCGUCUCAAGAAGCAGCGGCAGGCGGCACGCAAAGCGGCUGCGGUUGCGGUUGGCGCUGACGGCGCUGAUCCAAAUGCGGAAAUGCUGCAGCAAAGUGAGAACGAGGAAGAUGCAUUUUUUGAUUUAAACAACAAAUUCUGUGGCCUUAAAGUGUAAAUAUAUGUAAAUAAAACGUUUGGCUAACAUUUUCAAAUUGACGCGCCACAUCUAAAUGCAA